AUGCCCUCGGGAGGCCCGGCUUGUAUAACAUGCCGUGAAAAGUGUCGCAAAUGCGACCGCACAAAACCCGUUUGUCAGAGAUGCAUUACCAAAGGCCUUGAGUGCAAAGGAUAUCCGGACAAGUUCCGUUUUGCCGGGAUAGCAACCCGGGGCAAGUGGAAGAACAGGGCGGUCCCUACUGUGAGCCGUGACCAUGCUGUCCGGACUCAACCGGGCACCGGAACUGAUCAUCCAGAUACCAGCCAUGAAGAAUCUGAAUCUGAUCAACAGCAUCCAAGUGCUUUGCCCUCUUGCGAGGAUCGGAAUAUUGAAUGGCUGCCUAUUCUCGACCAUCCAUGGCCACAGUCGGAAGGGCGAGCCGUGGAGUUGGAUGAUUUAUUAAUGCUAGAACGGACGGAGCUGUUGUUGGCACAUUGUAUACUGUUACUCCAGGAUGUGAGUUGA